AUGGAAGAUUACGAAGUGAAGGAUGCCAAUGCCAAGCUUGGCAGUGAGCGGUGGCAAAAUGGGGCGGGUUAUGGAGGAAGGGGUUGGAUGAGUGGUGAGAGGCUCGCUAGCACCUAUGACCUUGUUGAGCAAAUGUUUUACCUUUAUGUUCGAGUUGCGAAGGCCAAAGAUCUUCCUCCUAGUGCUGUUACCGGGAGCUGCGAUCCUUACGACAAAGAAAUGGUGGGAAAGGAUGAUUAUUUGGGGAGAGUGAAUUUUGACUUGAAUGAGAUUCGAAUAGAGUCCCCACCGGACAGUCCCUCUGGCUCCUCAAUGAUGAAGCUUUUCCCAGACGCAUGGCAUUCUGAUGCUGCUUAUGUUCAUGGAGUGGGAGUUUCCAGCACGCGCUCCAAGGUUUAUGUCACACCAAAGCUCUGGAUACACCUAAGAGUAUGCCUGGAAGGUGGGUACCAUGUGAUGGACGAAUCAACUUUGUACAUAAGUGACCCAAGGCCUACAGCAAGACAGCUAUGGAAGCAACCGGUUGGCAUUUUGGAAGUUGGCGUACUGGAAGUGGGUGCGGACCAGAAACGAUUCUCGACAACUUUGGUCCAAAUUGGAACGAGCAGUACACAUGGGAAGUUUAUGAUCCUUGCACCGCUGCUCACUCUAGGAGUCUUUGACAACUGCCAUUUGGGAAUCGAGAGACCUGGCGUUAGCACAGUGCGAGACUCACGGAUUGGAAAGGUGAGAAUUCGAAUAUCAACACUAGAAGCUCAUAGAGUCUACAUGCAUUCUUAUCCACUGCUUGUGUUGCAUCCAACUGGGAUAAAGAAAAUGGGUGAGCUCCAAUUGGCUAUUCGAUUCACCAGCUUAUCCCUUGCAAACAUGAUACACGUCAAGCUUGGUCGAGCUGAACCACCACUCAGAAAAGAGGUUGUAGAGUACAUGUUGGACGUGGACUCUCACAUGUGGAGCAUGAGAAGAAGCAAGGCCAACUUCUUCCGAAUAAUGUCCCUUCUCUCCGGCAUGAUCUCUGUGAGUGGAUGGUUGGGGAUGUUUGCCACUGGACGAAUCCCAUCACCUCAGUUUAGUUCAUGUUCUCUUUCUCAUACUCAUUUGGUUGCGACCAAGGCACCCACCUCAAAUGGGGAACUAGGCUAUCCUGGGCAGAAAGCCGCUCACCCAGACGAGCUUGAUGAAGAGUUUGACACAUUCCCACCUCCAGCCGCAUGA